AUGGGCAGUAAUUUGAUGAUACUGACUGUUUUCGAAUCCAAGGUGGCUCCCCCGAUCGCCAUAUCUUUCUUGUCUGAUGUGCGCAAGUUAUUUAUAGAGGAGAUACGGCGCGAACACGGUGCAGCUUCGGCAAACAACUUAGCGGCUACUAUUGACCAGGUGUCUGUGGCAUAUCAAUAUAUCCGAUUGGAUCGGGCCAUUCAGAGAAAACGGAAUGAGUUUAAAGACUCCACUCGGAAUGACUCGCUGAGGAGGCUGAACCACUCAUUGGACGAGGUCUCCAUGCUCAUGCAGAGGAAUAUCAACGACUUGCUGAUGAGAGGGGAGAAUCUAGAGGCUGUCAGCGACAAGGCGGAUCAGUUGAGAGAGUCAAGCAGGCGCUUUGCCCGGCAAGCUAGGAAGUUAUCAAAAGGUGCCUGGCUCCAGACUUACGGGCCAUUUAUCGCUGUAGGGUUGGUAAUUUUGAUUAUCAUCAUUGUUCUCAUGCUGUAA